AUGACCGAGUCGUCCGCUGCGUCCGGGUCAAAGCUCGGCUCGAUUCCAAAUUCUGAACUGGACGCCUAUAUUGCGGAGCUGAUCAUCCAGAAAUCCAGAGCCAAACAAGCACAAGCCGAUGCCGAAGGAAUCGGUGCUUAUCUCAAAGACGACCAUCAGAGCAAAACUUGUCGCAUACCCAAUACCAACAAAAGAUUUCUGGCUUCCGUAAUCCAAAAUGUCGAGGGGCACAACAGAGCAUUGCUGCGGCAGCAGGCCAGAGAAGGGGUGGAGAAAUAUGCUCCAUCGGCAAAGGGAAAAGGCAAAGAGAGGACUGGCCCAAGCGCUGCAACACCAACGUCUCGCAUGAGAGGUUGGUCGGAUGACGAGGACAGCUUCACUGAUCGCAAUGCGGAGGUGAAAGAUGUGACAGACCUAUCGAGCAAGAUGGGUCGACAUUUUGAAGAGCAAGAUGCUCCACCAGAUCAAAUUGAGGCUUCUUCAAGACCAGAUCGAUCCAACAGGCAGAGACGCGCAAAGGACGAGGAGCAAUCCGCAAUUGUAACAAAGCGCCGCAAGAAUGAGAAGGAGGCAAGGUCACACAAAUGCCAUCACGAAAGAGAACAUCGGCAUCGCCCCGAAAGUAGGCGGGAUAAGGUCGCAGAACGUGGUGACAAGCAACGCAGGCCUUGCUCGAGCUCGAAAAAUGAACCACAGGAAACAAGCUCGCACAGGCGACGAAGUGACAAACGAGGUCACGACCAGCGGCGAGAGAAAAGACACCUGCGAAGACGCGCACCUGAGUCCAAGUCAGAACAAACCUUAUGCGUGGAGAGGAAGGAUCAGAAGCGAAGUUCACAUACAAACAGGAUCAAUCAGCGCAGGAGCGCUUCUCCAGAGGCUCGGCCGCCAAAGAAAGUCCGAGAGUGGGACCUUGGCAAGCAACCACUUGCAUUCUGA